AUGUAUAUGCAAAAUUCAUCGUCAAAUAAUGUUUUUGGAUCAUACAAUAACCAAGGGAAUAAUUUAAAUAAAGGUUUAUUCGGAAAUGCAGGAAACCCAUCUAGUUUAACAAAUACAAACACCUCCAAUUUAUUUGGGGGAUCGAAACCACAGCAGACAAACAAUAUGAUGGUAAAUAAAAAUUUAUUUAGUAUGGGAACGACUACAAGUGGAUUAGAUGGAAAUAAAAGUAUAUAUGAUAGUAUGAAUAAUCAAUCGAAUUUAGGUAAUAAAAAUUUAUUUGGUACAUCAACUGUAAAUAAUAAUAGUAUGCAAAGCGGAGGAGGUAUGGUUAGGAAUAAUUUAUUUAUGAAUACAAAUAAUCAAAAUAAUUUAAAUAUGAAAAAUAUUUUUGAUAGUGGUUCGAAUUUAAAUAAUGCACAAGGGACCAAUUUAAGUAAUAAAGGACUUUUUGGAGGUUUACAACAAAACAAUCAAAGUUCAUCAGGUGGGAAUUUAUUUGGUAACUUAUCUUCUCAAACAAAUUCAGGAAGUAUAUAUAGUGGCUUAUCAUCUGGAGCAAAUCAAAAUAAAGGUACUGGACUAUUUGGUACUUCUGGAAAUACAAAUCAAGUAUCAUCAACAAGCAGUUUAUUUGGGGGGACUUCAACUAUGGGUCAAAAUAAAUUAGGUGGAGUAUUUGGUAAUUUACAAUCAACAGAUCAAAAUGCUCAAAAUAGUGGGAAUACUACUAAUAGUUUAUUUGGUGGCAUGUCAGGAAAUCAAUUAAAGCCUAUGAGUACAGGUAGUAAUCUUUUUGGGGGUAUGUCAACAAAUACUACAACAAAUACUGGAACAAGUAAUUUAUUUGGAAAUAAUAAUGCUGCUUCAGGAAUGAAUCAAAAUAAGCCUGGUGGGUUUUUUGGAAAUUUACAAGGGUCAAAUCAAGGGACUACUGGUAGUAGCAUGUUUGGAAAUUCUAGUAAUGCUGCUUCAGGAAUGAGUCAAAAUAAGCCUGGUGGUUUUUUUGGAAAUUUACAAGGGUCAAAUCAAGGGACUACUGGUAGUAGUAUGUUUGGUGGUAUGAGCUCUGGUAUGAAUCAAAACAAGCCUGGUGGACUUUUAGGAAAUUUACAAAGCCCAAAUCAAGGAACUACAGGUACUACUACGAGUAGUAGUAUAUUUGGUAAUUCUGCUUCUGGAAUGAAUCAAAAUAGAGGAACUACAUUAUUUUCUGGUAUGUCUAAUACCGGUACAAGUACUACUAAUACGACAAAUAAUUUAUUUGGGGGUACUUCAACUAUGGGUCAAAAUAAAUUAGGCGGGGUAUUUGGUAAUUUACAAUCAACAGAUCAAAAUGCUCAAAAUAGUGGGAAUACUACUAAUAGUUUAUUUGGUGGCAUGUCAGGAAAUCAAUUAAAGCCUAUGAGUACAGGUAGUAAUCUUUUUGGGGGUAUGUCAACAAAUACUACAACAAAUACUGGAACAAGUAAUUUAUUUGGAAAUAAUAAUGCUGCUUCAGGAAUGAAUCAAAAUAAGCCAAGUAGUAACAUAUUUGGAUCAUUGUCAUCAACAACCCAACCAACUGGUACGACUACAAGUGGUAGUAGUACUACUGGUAAUAUAUUUGGUAGUACACAAACAGCAAAUCAAGGUAUGGGAAGUAAUGUUUUUGGAUCAUCCAUGGGAAUGAAUCAAAAUAAAUUUGGUAAUAUUUUUGGAGGAACAAAUACUAAUCAAAGCAGUACAAUGAGUAGUACAUUUGGAAAUACUGGACUUGGAACAUCAGGAAUAUCAUCAACUUCAGCUUUAGGGUCUGGUACAAAUACUUCAACUGGGUUAGGAGGUGGAUUAGGAAUAUCAAGUAGUGGUAUAGGAGGGACAGGGACAAAUACUGGUAUGAACAUUUCCAAUCUUACUAAUACUACAGGUGGUACAACUACUGGUAUUUCUACUAGUAGUGGUAGUAGUAAUUUAUUCGGAGGUUUAAGUUCAACUUCGAAUACAAAUACAAUGUCUUUAGGUGAUAAUAAAAAUUUAUUUGGAUCUAAACCAGGUUUUAGUCUUGGUACUGGAACUAAUAUUUCAGGGCAAAGUAGUACAAAUUUAGGUUUGGGAACAAAUUUAGGAAGCGGGUUAUUAAGCCCAAGUAUGAAUACAACGACAAGUAGUGUAUUAGGUACAAAUCUUGGUAGUAGUAGUACUGGAAGUACAAAUUUAUUAACUGGUUUAACUGGGGGUAUAGGAAGUAGUAGUACCCUAGGACUUGGAACAACAACAUCACCAACUAUUGGACUUAGUAGUAGUAGUAGUAAUAUUUUAGGUAGUACUAAUAAUGUAUUAAAUAAUACUAGUUUAAGUUCGAAUUUAUUAAGUAGUGGUUCUGGUAUGAACCAGACAGGAAUAUCAUUUUUAGGUGAUAAAAAUUUAAUAGGGGGGAAUCAAGGAAAUAUGCAAAACAAUUUAUUAACAGUAGAUGGGAAAGAUAAAGGUAAUGAUUUGUUAACAAAUAAAUUGAAUAUAAAUAAAGAAAGUAGUGAAAAUUUGAUUAAAACAACAAAAUUUGAUGAUGAUUUAAUAAUUAGUAAAAAAAAGGAAGAUAUAUUUAAUAAGGCAUAUGAUGAUGAGAAUGAUAUUAGUAAUGAUGAAAUGAAUUUAAUAAAAAAUCAAGAUGGUACAUUUUAUAAUUAUAUAAAUUUAAUAAUAAAUGAUAAUAUAAAUGAUAUUCAAAAAACAACAUUUUCUUUACUAAAUGAUCAUGAUUCUUUAAUGUGGGACAAUUUUAAAAGUAGCAUUUUUAAGAAUUUUGUUGAUUAUUUAGUUAAUUUUAAACAAAAAAAAAAUCAAAAGAUUAUAAAAAGUAAUGUAUUAGAUUUAGACCAACAUGAAUUUCAAAUUUUGAUAUGGUUAUAUAAUAUAAAUUCAUAUAAAAUAGAUUUUAUACCUUUUAAAAGUUUUUACUAUUUAUUGUUAAGUGAUACAAACUUAAAUUAUUCUAAGAUGUUUAUUAGUAAUUCUGAUAAAAGUAUUUUGCCUAGAAAUUUUGUUGAAAUUAAUGAUCAUUAUUAUAUGAAUUAUAAAAGUUAUUUUUUAAAAUCUCAAAUAAAUAAGCAUCAUGAUAAUUACAGUACAUUGAAUAGAGAUGGGAUAGGAAAUAGUAGUAAUGGUGGUGUUAGUGGAAAUUCGAUAUCGAUUGGUAUGAAUAACUCUGUUUUAGAUAUCGAUUCAAUAUAUAAACAGAUAUUAAAAGAUAUAUUAAAUAGUUUAUUAAAUAUGAACUUGAGUAUAACUAAAGAGAAUAUUAAAAAAAAAGAAAAAGAAGAAUAUUAUGAGAAUGGUGAUAUAAAUAAUAAAAAUAAUGGGAAUUGUGGAAGUAGUUAUAUAUAUGAGAAUUUAUUAUUAAAUUAUUUAUUUGGUACAUUACAACAUUUACAUGACAAAUUUUAUAAACUUGAAAUAAGCAACUAUUUAUCAAAAGAUUUGAAUCAGAUAGACGAAUAUUUUGUUGAUACCAAAUCUAAUGAAAUAUUUUCAUAUUGUUAUGACAAUUUUUAUAAAAAUGAAAUGGAUAAAGAAAAUUGUACUAUUCAUUUUUUUUUUUAUCUUGUUAAUAUUAUGUUUAGAUGUGGUAAUUAUAUUGGUUUAAUACAGAUAAUAAAGAAUGAUGAAUUUAUUAAAAAUUUAAACAUAGAUAGUUAUUUAAAUGAUUUUAUUAUAUUGUUAAUAAGAAUAUUAUUAUUAAUAUAUAACCAAAGUAAUGAAAUAAGUAUAUUUGAAAAUAUGAAAAUAGAUAUAGAUUGUAGUGAUAUUUUUAAGAAAAAAAUUCACAUGUCUAAUUUAAUUAAUUUUUUUCAUUCGAUUCUUUAUUUAUGUUCAAAUAAUAUAUAUGCAUAUGAUUUGCUUUGUAUAUUAUUUUCGGACAUAUUUUACAAGAAGGGAAAUAUGUAUACAAAUAGAGAAAAAAAAAUUGAAAUGAAAAAUAUAUUUUAUUAUGUACAGAAAAAAAAAAGAAAUAGUAAUUAUGUUGAUAAUAAUAGUGAUCGAAAUAGUAGUAAUGAAGAUAACUAUGAUAGUGGAGGAGAUAAUAAUAAUAUUGGUCGAGGUAGUAAUAGUACUAAUAUUAAUAAGGGAGGAAAAGGUAAAGGAAAUGAGCGUAAAGGUUUUUUUUUAGAUGUCUUUACAAAUAUGUUACAUAAAUCUAAAAAAUCAAAAGAUGAUGAAGAUGAGCCAUUUGGAACUAUGGAAAUAAAUGAAGAAAUUGAAAAACUCAACAGAGAAAGUAUGAAUACAAGUAAUACUGAAAUGUUAGGUAUAACUAAUAAAUAUAGUUAUAAUUUUGAAUACUGUAAUAUUGAAACAAGUAUAUGGAUAGAAUUAAGCUUAUUUUUAUCAAAAAAUUUUGAUCUUUAUGGUAGUAAAUUUCAAGAAAACUUUGAUAUCCUUGAUACAAAUUUAAGUUAUUAUAAUUAUGAUGAUGAUAACAAUGCAUUUUUAAAUGAUACAAAACAUAGACGAGAUAUGAUAAAUAGUAAAAUAGAAGAAUUAUUUAUUUCUAUUUCAAAUUGUAUUAUAAAUGAGAAUAGAGAAUAUUUUUCAGUGUGUUCAAAAUUGCGUGUUGAUGAUGUUAUAAACAAUUUUAUUAUUGUUGAUGGAAAAAUAUCAGAAAAGGUUAAAAGUAAUGUAUUUAAGGUUUUGAGAACAAAUUUUUUAUUAUAUAUAAAACUAUUUUAUUAUCUUUUAUUAGUAGGGAAUAUAUAUGUAACAGUUGGGUUUCUAUCAUGUAUAUCAAAUAACAUUCAAAGAAUAUUAUUGGUUUUAACUAUAUUUUUGCAUAAAAAUAAUGUUUUUGAAAAUAGCAAAUUAAAUAAUAUAAAAAUAAAAACAUUAGGAUUUUUAAAAUUAAAAACUGAUAAUAGUACAAUUCUUUAUAAUUCAAAAGAUAUUAAUGAUAAUGUUUCAACAGGUUCAGACAAUAUGAAUUUAAUACUUUUAAGUAUGAAUAAUAUAGAUAUACCAUUUGACUAUUUUUUGCUUCGAAAUAAUAAUAUAAAUAUAUUAUUAAAAGCUAGUUAUUUACUUAAUUUAAAAACAAAUAUAAGUAUUAAAUUAUUAAAAAGCAUAGUACAAGAAAAUCAAGGAAUAUUAUUAAAUGAGUCAAUAAUAGGUCAUAUUAACAAUGAUGGAAAUAUAUUUUAUGGAAAAUUACAUGAUUUUUUAUUUUUAUUUAAAAAUAAAGUAAAAAGCCGAAGAAAUAUAAAAUGUUUUUUUUUGAUGUAUUAUGUAUUAUAUAAAAAAAAAUUUUAUAAUAGUAAUAUUUUGAGGAAAAUUAGAAAAGAUAUUGAUAAUGAGUAUCAUUAUAAAUGUAGAAAUUUCAAAUUUGUUCAAAAUAAAAAUAUUAACACAUUGAAUAAAAUAUCUUUAGAUAAUUCAAUUAUAAAUGUUCAUUCUUCAAUUUUGUAUAAAAUAUCUCAAUUCUAUUCAAUAUUAGCAUAUUUUGCAAAUCAAAGAAAAAAUUAUAUAGUAUCAUUUAUAUGUUAUUAUAUAUUAAAUGAUGAGCAAAGUGCCAUAAAUUCUUUGUUGAGAAUAUACAAUGACGAGCUUAUAUAUUAUUAUUUUAAUAACGAGAAGGAAUAUGGAUAUAUUCGAAAGUGUGCUUUUCGAUUUUACCAUUUGGCAAAGAAUAUGUGGCCUUCAAAUGUGAAGCUUGAGUCAAUCGAACAAAAAUCAUAUUUAAUUUUGAGCAUCUUAUUUAUGAAAAAAAAAAUGUUUGAAGAAGCAUUUGCUAUUUUUUCACUAGCUUUAAUACCUGAUAAUAUGUUAGAAAAGCUUUCAACUGCAGAUUAUUAUAACAUUGACUUAUCAUCAAACUUUUUAGUAACUUUAAGAGAAUUAUGUAAAAAAAAUUACAAGAUAAGUGAAUUAGUUGAUCAAUCAAUGGUUCGUUCAGUUAUUAAAUUUUUGUUGCCUAUUAAAGACAAAUUAGAUGCUCAAGUUGUGGAAAGUAUUAACUAUUUAGGAUCCUUAAGCUUUUAA